ACAGCUGUUUUCAAUUAUUAAUUCUUAUAAAACUGCUAUUAUUUACUCUCUUGGCCAUUGAUUUUGGUUUAAACAAUGUCACGAUUAGCUUUAUUGCGCAAUUUAGUCUUCCAUAGGCAGAAACUGCUGCCCAAAGCAGUGGCGCGUCUGCAAUGUGCGGCAUCGUUGCAUAUGACCCGCUGCCUGAAGCAGGAAGCGACGCCCGGCAGUGGUGGAGGCGCUCUACAGCAGUCCAAGGGUGGCACCGAUGUGUCCACGGAUGUGAGGCCCAUUGGCGAGAAGAUCAAGGAGAACACCAAAACGGCCAGCUAUACGGCGAUAAUUUUGGCAGGUCUGGGUGUGACCGGCAUCAUGUUUUACGCCAUUUUCCGCGAGCUCUUCUCCAGUGAAAGCCCCAACAACAUCUAUGCCGAUGCCCUGAAACGUGUGGUUGAUGAUCACCGGGUGCAGGAUGCCAUUGGAGCACCCAUCAAAGGCUUUGGCGAGACAUCGCGUCGCGGACGUCGCCAGCAUGUGGCGCACUCCAGCUACGAGCGACAGGGAAAGCCACAUAUGAGGAUGCAGUUUUAUGUUCAGGGCGUUAGGAACAAGGCCACCGUGCAGCUGGAAUCGAGAAGGUCUUGUACAGGUAAACUGGAGUAUCGCUAUCUGUUUGUGCAAUUGGAUCAUUAUCCCCGUACCACCAUUGUGCUGGAAGACAAUCGCGCCCUUGAUUCUAUACCCGAGCCAGAGACUGCCCAUGCCACAUCUUCUUCGUUUGGAAGCCUGGCCCUUUUGUCCAAUAGUCAGGACAAAUAGGGGAUUUAUUAUUCGGUUCUGUUAACACUUCUGCACUGCACUUAAAUUCUCUGUAUAGUUGUUAUAUUUAUUAUUUGACUGACAAUGAAAAUCCCGUUGGAAAAA